CUGUCAUCCGGAAGGGUGGUACCUGUUCUACUUCUGCAAAUACGUCUUGUGUCGUCUUCUGCCAGUCAAGUCAAAAACAACAUGGUUAUGUGAGAGCUCGCCCGGUGAUCGGUCCUGUCCACGGGCUUUAGAUAUUGAUUGUAUCCUCAUCUGAAUUUCUCUGGUUAUGCUGCUUUGAAGGAGUCGUUCUCGAGCUCAAGUUCUCAAGAAAGAUACGCGAACUUCUCAAGACUGAAGGUUCUUUUCAUUGCAGGAACAGCUCACACUUAAAGAACGACAACUGACCAAAAGAACAGCUUACACCAUCGUCCUUCUUCGGACCCUUUUCCGGCACCAUGAGUUGUCAACCACGGAGGAUUCGUCUGAAGCCAUGGCUGCUGGCACAGAUAAACAGUGGAAAGUACCCAGGGUUGCACUGGCUCAGUCAAGAGCGCAGGCUGUUCCGGAUCCCGUGGAGACAUGCCACACGUCACAUGCCAACCCUGGAAGAGGAGAACACUAUUUUUAAGGCUUGGGCUCUGGAGACAGGCAAAUACCAGGAGGGAGUGGACGGACCAGAUCCAGCCAAAUGGAAGGCCAACCUCCGGUGUGCCCUUAACAAAAGCCGGGAGUUCAGACUUCAGUAUGACGGCACUAAAGACACCCCUGUGCAGCCCUAUAAGAUCUACGAGGUGUGCGACCAGUCAGUCAAUGGAGAUGCAGGAGGAGAUGAGGAGGAGGAAGAGCUGACAAAUUUCAUCAACCUCACCAUUGACCCUAGAGCCGGCGAACCUCCAAGCUACCCAGCGUACCCUCCCAGAGUCGACGCUCCUUUUACUUCUAUCAGCGAUGGCUUUAAUCCCACCCAUCAUAACCCUCCAAUCAACCUCUUAGAAGUUGUCCAUAACAACCCUAAUGGAGGUGGCCCCAUGACAUCACAUCUUACCCAGCCCGUUCCUCCUGAUUUUACCAGUCGCGGUCCGAUCAAAGUGGAGCAAGUGUCUUAUCCCAUCCACGGGGGCGGACAUCCGAACGGUCUGGGAAUGGGUUCUGGAAUUAUACCUCCACCUGCCCUUCAAGAUGUGGUCACGCAUUCUGUUGGCCCACAGGCUAUAGUGGACACCCCGAUGCAAGAGGUGCCAGCCCAAGUAGAAAACCAGAUCCAUCCCUGCAUCUCUGAAUUGCUGAGCAGUCCUCACAUGCUGCCCUUAACGGAUCUCGACCUCAAGUUCCAAUACAGGGGACGGACGACCGGUUCCCUAACUGUUAGUAACCCUCAAGGUUGUAGACUUUACUACGGUAACCUGGCACCAACACCGGAGCAGGUGGAACUGUUCGGCCCGGUCACGCUGCAUCAGGUUCUGUUUCCCGGAACGGCCGAGGUCCAGAACGAGAAGCAGAGGUUUUACACCGAUCACUUGCUGGACGUGAUGGAUCGAGGGCUGAUUUUGGAGAUCAGAGGACAGGACAUUUACGCCAUCAGGUUGUGUCAGUGUAAAGUGUUCUGGUCCGGGCCGGGUGUGCUCGAGCAGGGACCGCCCAAUCCGAUAGAACGAGAAAAGAAGAUUAGGGUGUUCAGCCUGAACAACUUCCUCCAGGAUCUUAUCCUGUAUCAAAAGGGAGAGACGCCCACUCCUCCUCCUUUUGAGAUUUUCUUUUGCUUUGGAGAAGACUGGCCGGACAGGAAACCAAAGGAGAAGAAGCUCAUUAUUGUCCAGGUCGUUCCAGUUGUAGCAAGAAUCCUAACAGAGAUGUUCUCCGGCGAGCUCUCGUGGUCUACAGACAGCAUUAGGUUGCAGAUUUCCAACCCCGACUUGAAAGACCAGACAGUGGAGCAAUUUAAAGAGCUCCACAGACUGUUGCAGAGUCAAAACGCUCAAGCCACUUGGACUCAGAAUAUCCACUAACCUGUGCUUCACCCAGAAGUCGACAUUGCUAAGCACUUCUCUAUUGAAAGAGGAACCUACUUCAGUCCAUGAACAUGUCUGGAGGUCCUUUGGAAUAUAUAUAUAUAUAGGUGCCCUACUUGCUGCCUUGCUUAAAAACAUAGCCAAAAGCAAUUCCAUUGGAUGUCUCUGACAUUUUUUCUCUGUGAGGAUCCAUGAAUAUUCCUACGUGAACGUUUUCUUUUUUUUGAUGUAAAGUUUUUUAAAUGUUUCAAUAAAUACCAUUGCAGUAUUUCAAAAGGUUGUUGGCAUGAUGUCAGCUUUCCACUGUAUGAUUCAUUGACUUUAUGUGCUGUGAAUGUGUCACAACGUACACUGCUGUAUGGGCGUCUACUAAAAGACAACACGGUAGCGUGACCCUAAAUAAGUUGUGUCAAGUGUUUAAGUUC